UUCUGAAGGGAGAUGGAGAGGAGGUGGAUCUAGGGAAAGACGAAGGUGAGGAGGAACUGAGGGGAGGAAAGGGAGGGAAAAUAGCUGUUGAAGUGUAAUAUAUGAGAGAAUUAAAAAUGAAUAAAACAUGUAUACUAAACAUAACAAACAAAAUAAAAGCUAGUCUAUCCAAAGAAAUAUAAUACAAGCCACACUGGCAAUCUUAAAUUAUGUUGUAGUCACAUUAUAAAGAUAUAUAAAGUAACAUUAAUGUGUAUUACCUAACUGGAGAUAUGCAAAAUAUUACCGUUUUAUGUCUUCUUAGCGAUAGAAGGUUGUUAAUAAGACAAUUUAUAAAGUACUAUCUUAUUCAAAUGCUUCAAAAUUUUACAUAUAAAUAUUAGGCUUCUCAGUUGAAUGUGGCUGCCAUAUGCUGUGGUGGACAAUUAAAGCAGAGUGCAAAGAGAAUAGGAGACAUUUUGAGAAGCACACUGGGUUUCCUGCACACCUGUCUAAUGUUCGUGGGCAGUAGAUUUUUUUAAUCCUUAUUAAGAAUGAGAAUCUAUAAGCAUAAAUAAGUAAAUAACUUCACUUGUCAAAAUGUCUUCAACAGUGACUCAUCGACAAGGCUGCUGGAGGAAACAAAACAGCCUUGACUUCAUGCUUUGAUUUAGAAUUUUGGAUGGAAUUGUGCCUGUGGAACUUUGAUUUGUGACUUGAACCUUACCUUGCCAUGUAAUUUCUAAAUGUGGAUGAUAUUCAUUCUGUGACAUGAACAUAUGAUAGCUUCAUAUACAGGAUUUACUUCUAAGCCAUGUUAAUGUGGUUAAGGGUGAAACGUGUAAAAAUCUUAGACUGUUAGUCCUGCCACCAGUAUUACCUUUUCCAAAUCAAGACACUAAAUUAUAGGAACCGUUUUUAAAAACAAAGGUAAUAUUUUAAAAUGCUAUAAAUAUGUAUUUAUUAUGAUCCUUUCACAUUCCUCUUGUUCUUAAAAAAAGAACUAACCAUGCAAAGUUAAUUUAUUGCUUACUGGGAUCAGGCUAUGGAAACGUUUUGUAAAUAAGAAGACAUUCCCUACUUUAAUAGCAGGACCAGCUACUUCUCAUGAAACAGUAUCAAGAAAUAUGAUCAAGAAUGUAGUGCAAUUUUGUAGGCUUUUACAAGCAAAUAAAAAUUUUAAAACUCUCAUUAGAUAGUUCCAAAUGGCGUCAAGUCCAGCUUUUACCAUUUAACCACUACACUUACAUUUUAACCAUUCUUCAUAUAAUCUCCCAAUACAUGGAAAGUCACAAAUGGUUUCCAUUGCCACGUGACUUGAUAAAAAGGGGUUUCUCCAAAUAGCCACAUUACUCUGUAGGCAUGAUAGGCUAAAAGAAAGCUAGCAUUGCCUAAAAGCAUGCUAAAAGAAUUCCUUCCAAAAAAAAAAAUAAUAAUUCCCAGGAAGAACUAUCAGUCGUUCAUCUCCAACACAUGUUUUAUAUUCUAAACGCAAAAAGAAAGAUGUCCCGGUUUAUAGGAUAGUAUUUCAGCUCUAAGCCCUACUAUUUCCUCACAAAAUGACAAGAAAGGCUUACAGGGUACAUGACUGUCUUAAAUUCUGCUCUACCUCUACCUCUCUAAUUCACAUGCUCUUUACCACAAGAAUCGAUGAGAUAGUAAACAAAACAGUAAGGUGAAAUGAUUAGAUCCUUGUAAAACUUUAAGAAAUUGAACUUAGCUCUGAGCCUUGGAAUCUGGAUUGCCAGCCUGUCCAUUCUGGGAUUGAAGCUUCUGAGAGCAGUGACCAAAGCAACAUCCACAUACCUAAAAGUCAUGAUGAGCUUCAGGGCCCCACCAACACGUCAGCAGCUGGCAAGAAGAAGCCUGCUGAAAGAUGAAGCCUUGGCUAUCUCUGCUCUGGAGGACCUACCCUUACAUUUCUUCCCACCACUCUUCAAGGAUGCAUUUACCAGCAAACAACCUAACAUCCUGAGGCAGGUGGUGGCAGCAUGGCCCUUCCCCUGCCUUCCUUUAAAAGCCCUGAAGAAGACUCUCCACCUGGAGUCUUUCAAAGCUGUGCUAGAUGGCCUUGAUUUGCUGAUGGCACAAAAGGAUCGACCCAGGAGGUGCAAACUACAAGUGCUUGAUUUAUGAGAUGCCCACCACUUCUGGAAGGGUUGGGCUGGAAGACAGCAUAUGAACUGCUCUCCAGAUGUCAUUGGCAGCAACCAAGCUGUGGGAAAUCAUCACAUCCUAGGUGGAAAACAGCCCGUGACUGUAUUGAUGAACCAUUUCCUCAUGUACCACCAUUCUUCUAAUUAUCUACAAUAUUUUUGUCGGUGGGCCAAGCAGAGGAAAGAUGUGAUACAGGUGAUCUGUAAGAAGUUAGAGUUUCAGGACUAUCAUACCUAUGACCCACGGGAUGUUUUGGAGGUUUUUGAUACAGACUCAAUCCAGGAAGUGGAAAAAAGGACACAAUGGGACAUUCACACCCUAGCACUGCUAGCCUGUGGCCUGGGCCAGAUGAAAAACCUCCAGAAAUUCAUUUUCCAGAAAAUCUACGAACCUUUGAAUUUGCCUCAGGACCUAGAGAUGGAAGCCUGUUGUUUUCCAGAGAUCUUUUUCCAGUUCUCCAAACUGAAUAAGCUCCAACAUCUCUGUUUGAAUGAUGUCUACUUCCUGAAUGGUCGCCUGGACCAAGUGCUCAGGUGCUUGGAGAGUUCAUUAGAGACCCUUGCUAUCACUCACUGCUUGCUGUCACAAUCAGAUAUGAACUAUCUGUCCCAGUGUCCAAGCAUCCAGAAGCUGAAACACCUGGACCUGAGUGGUGUCACCUUUAUACAUUUACAUGAUGCAUUUCUAGGAAGCCUGCUACAAAGACUGACAGCGACUUUGCAGACAUUAAAAUUGAAGGACUGUAUGAUCAUGGACUCGCAACUCAGUGCCCUCCUGCCUGCGCUGAGCCAGUGUUCCCAGCUCACUGAAGACAAUUUUGUGAAGAACUUGUUGUCCAUGGGCAGCCUGAAGAAGCUGCUGCAGCAUACUGCCAACCUCACAAAGCUGACCCUGGUGAAGUACCCUGCCCCUGAUGAGAUCUAUAAUAACAUGGGUCUUCUUCUUCCAGACAAAUUUAUACAACUUUAUUCUGAGCUUAUGGACACUGUCCCGGAUAUAAGGCAGCCAAAACAGGUCUGCUUUGUAAUUAAUAUGUCUAGAUUGUCAGAAUCUUUAUCUAUAAUUUGGAGGCCAGACAAUGUUCUUGUUGGGGAUAUAUAAAGUGAGGUCAUUUCUGGGCUCUGAGAAAUGAAAGGCAGGACUCGAGUGAUUGAUUAGAGGCAUUGGCCAUGUGUAUUCAACCAUUUCUGGAUGGACUUUGGAAAAAUAAUUAUUUCAUUUCAUUUUAAUUCCAAUCAAAUUCUUCAGAUUUAAAAUAUCUGUUGACAUGGAGAACCAUAAGCUUAUUUUCAGCCUUAUGUCUACAGGAAAAACACACCAUUGGAGAGCAGCAAUAUAUGAAAGUUGUAUGGCUUUUCUCUCUCCCAGCACUUUCAUAGAAUGAGGGACCCUAGAGGAAGUGAAGGAGAUAGAGAGGACAUUAUAAAGAGCAUAAUGGACUUGAACAGAAGGACUCUGUGUCAUUCUGCCUCUGGAUGGCAUCCACCUUUUGGCUGUCCUCUUACAUACUCUUCUGCAGUGUAUGGACACAUUUUUAUAAAAUAUAAGUCUGACUUUACCCAGGAGUCUCUUUGUAUUAGAGUGUUACAACUUUUAAGCUGUGUCUCUUCCUUGGGGAGGUCCUGCAGCCUGAUUCGAUCUUCUCCCACAACCAUUCGAAGUAUAAUUUGUCAUAGAUUCCAGUAAAUCAGUUCUGAAUAUGAAAAAAAAGAAAUUGAACUUAAUGUCAUGAUUCUCAACUAUGGUCCAAAAUUCAAGGUCUCUUCUGAGAUUCAUCCAAUCACUUAACUGUAUUCCCCAAGGCAAGACAGAAAACCAGCUGGGCAAACUCCAAACUCUGCAUCUCGAUGCCUGAUGUCAAAGCAGUCUUCAGAUCUCCAACUUCAUUUUCAUCUUUGUUGACUGCAACAAACUUCUUUCUCCUGGGCUGGUUCAACUCCCUGUUAGCAGCUUUCCUCAGCAGAUAGACCACGGCUCCGGCAUCUCUAACAUAUUGUGGUCUCCAAGUCGACUUCAAUGUUAUAGCUUCUUGUUUCAGUAUUUGGGAUCCACACAUGAUCUUCUGGGCUCCUCCAAAGGACUGGCAUCACUUCUCUAGCUCUGCCCUCUGUAGCACUCUAAGCUCAGGUUGAUCCACUCCACUGCUGCUGCUGUUCUUGGUGAUCAUCCCAUGGUACUAGCAUCUCCAAUACAUUGGAGUCUUCUGCUGCAACUAGGCUUUACCAUAGCCUCUCAUAGGCUCUUUUCAUGGUGCAAAGCCUCUAAUCCUUUGCAUGACUCCUUCAGUCCUGGGCCAUCAACUGCAGCUGAGGCUGCACUGUCACCAAUGGCCUUUCAUGGUCUCUCACAGUGCUGAGCCUCAGCUGCUCUUCAUGACCCCUUCAUACCUUCAAAUCCAGUACCAUCUAGGUGACUCUUACACAUUACCAAGUCCAGCUGUAGUAUAAAGUACAACUUUGGAUAUCUCUGGAACUUAGCUUCUU